AUGCGUCAAAAAAGAGCCAAGGCAUAUAGAAAAAACAUGCUUGUUUAUAACCAUACAUUCAAAUUCAGAGAACCUUAUCAAGUCAUAAUCGACGAUCAAGUUAUAUUGAAAGCCAUUAAUGCUAAAUUUGAUUUGGUAAAGGUAUUGAAAAAGACGAUUCAAGCUGAAAUUAAGCCAAUGAUAACUCAAUGCUGCAUUCAGGUAUUAUAUAGAACCAAAAACCAAGAAGCAAUUGAAUUAGCCAAAAAAUUCGAGAGACGUCGUUGUGGACAUCUUCCAAAGGAACCUGAAACUCCUCAUAAAUGUAUACUAUCCAUUACAAAUGUCAAUAAUAACAACAAAUUUCGUUAUAUUAUUGUGACCCAGAACGAAGUAUUAAGAAAAGAACUACGAAAAGUUCCUGGUGUGCCACUAAUUUAUAUAAAUAAAACAGGAGUACUAGUUAUGGAACCACUAAGCGAUAUGACAGAAAAGGCUCGAAAGAUUUAUGAAAAAAGCAAAUUAAGUGAAGGUUUAAACAAUGCCAAAACUGCUGGAAUCAGAGAGCAGAAAUCCACAGAAGGAGAAGACGAUUCCAAGCCAAAGAAAAAAAGAAAAAGAGGACCCAAAGAACCCAAUCCACUCAGUAUCAAAAAGAAGAAAACGCAGAAACCACCUACGAAUGGCACAGCAAAGGAUCUUGCUGAGCAGGAUACAGAGAAGAAGAAAAGAAAAAGAAAGCACAAAAAAACAAGCAAAAACGAGCCUGCUCUGACACACCAAGAUAGCGCAAAGGCAGAUAGCUCUGGUGGCUCCAGUGUAUAG